AUGGCAGCAGGUCCUGUUGACAUCAGAGAGGUUGAACGCCCGCAUGUUCUGCCGAAGCCAGCGAUCUGGCAGUGCCCUCGUUUGGAGAAGCUGCUGCCAAAGACUUUGCAAGAAGAUCGUGGCAUGAUGCAGGCUUGGGACAAGGGCCGCAGACUGGCGAAGACCGUCUCUCUGCAGGGGCCCUGGCCUGGCGAGGCGACGGUGAAAUCAAAGAGCUGCGAUGAGCCGCGCUCUGUGGACCUGGUGCGAUGCUGUUGCAGCUGCCCCAGCACCCAUGCCUUCUGUGCGCACCUGCUUGCUGCGACACUGGCCGCGGAAGAGUCCGGUGAUGUGGAGGCCUGUGGGCGAAUGGCUUUUCUCAGCCACAUGCACCACCUUGCGCGGGGAAAGCAGCGUCGAAUUGAGAUGGCUGCAGAAGUAUCGGCCGGAGCAGUUGCAGCCUUGCUCCCCAUGGCCAGUGAGGCCGCCCUGUGUCGCUGGGCGCUGCUGUCCCUGUUGGCGCUGUGCCAGCGGCAGCCACCCACGGCCUCAGUGAUGUCAAGUCCUGGAUCCGUGCUAUGUUUCCGGCUGGGUGAGAAGGCCGAGGAAAUCCAAACAGCCUCGCAAGCCGCCGUCUUGAUCGACUCUCUGGUCCAGGAGCUAGGAAAGUCCACCCCCUGCGCCUCGCUGACUUUGGCGGCUGCUUCGGCGGCCGCGGAACGCUUACUGCUCACUGCUGCGCAAGAAAAAAGAGAGAGAUGUUUUGUGAAUGGCCUUUGUGAGAUCGCGAGGGCUUUCGUGUUCCUGCCGCAGUCGAAUCGACAUGUGGCUCAAGACAGAAACAACUUCGGCGACGAGGCAUCGAACCCGCUCGAGUUUAGUUUCACUGACGUUUCCACGAGCACGACCACGCGGCCCGGGACUUGCGACGUAAAGCUUCUGUCGGUGGUGCAGUCCCUGGGCGUCGCAGUUGACGAAGCAUUCAAAAUCGCAUGCGAGCCCUGUCGCCAAGAAGCAGUGCAGUGCGACUCGGAAGGCAGGGUGGUGGCCAUGAAUUUGCAACACAAAGACCUGAACGGGCACCUGCCACCAGACCUCAGCGACUUGGGCCAGCUUCGCAAACUGAGGCUCGGCUUCAACCGUCUCACCGGGCCGAUCCCAAAGGAACUGGGCCUUUGUUCAAACCUGGAGCUGCUUCAGCUCAAAAGAAAUCAGCUCUCGGGGUCCCUCCCAAGAGAGCUGGGGCAGCUCAGGAAACUACAGAGAUUCGAUGCCUCUAGCAACAAUCUCUCUGGCAAUUUGCCAGAGGAGCUGGGCGACUUGUCCGCCUUGCGGCGUCUGUACUUGUCGGACAACAGGCUCUCGGGACCCCUGCCUGCGAAGCUUGGACAGCUCUCGGAGCUGCAAGACCUCCGCCUUGCGUUCAAUCAACUGGAGGGCGUUCUCCCGGAAAGCAUUGGGAUGUUGAGCUCCCUUAGAGCCCUGUCGCUGCAGAGCAACAAGCUUACCGGGCAGCUGCCGGUGGAGAUUGCUAGCCUUGGGAAGCUCCAGCGUCUUCAGCUCUUUAACAAUCAGCUGGUGGAGCCGUUGCCAGCAAAGGCGCUGGGGCAGCUUCGCUCCUUGCAGAUCUUACGCCUCUCCCGAAACCAGUUCGCAGGGAGUCUGCCCAAGGAGCUUGGCCAACUCGCAGACCUGAAGGAGCUGGACCUCUCCCACAACAGCUUCACUGGAAACAUCCCAUCGGAGAUCGGAAGACUGCAGAACCUGGAGCAGCUCAAUCUUCGGAGCAACCUCCUCGAGGGCACUUUGAUGCCCUUAGACUGUCAGGAGCUUCGGAAGCUGGACCUCUCCAGGAAUCGCUUUACGGGAUCUUUGAAACUGAGCCCUGGUCUCCCAAAGCUCCAGAAGCUCUCGUUACGGGGAAAUCGCCUCUCCGGGACCAUUCCGUCCCUUGGGGCCCUGCUGCGGAAAGUGGACCUUGGGGAGAAUCGCUUUUCGGGUGAGUUUCCAGAAGUGGGUAGUCUCACAGGGCUUCUAGAGCUCAAGGUCGACGGAAACCAAAUCUCCGGAGAGCUUUCAGAAGACAUUUGCCGAUCCCAUAGCCUGCAACAGUUUUCCUGCGGCCACAACUUGCUGCAGGGUCGACUUCCGGACUGUUUGUGGAAGAUGCCCAGGCUUCAGCAGUUGUCGCUUCACAGCAAUGGCUUUGUGGGUGUACUUCCCCAGAUCAUCUUGGCACAGAGCCUGGUCAUCCUGACGUUGCAUAAGAAUGCCAUCUCUGGGCCGUUGCCGAAGCGUUUCUUCUCCGAGUUGCCCAACCUCGCUAUCUUGACCUUACAUGGGAAUAGCCUCACGGGAUCCAUCGCAGAUGGGAUGAGUCUCAAGGAACCAUGUCUAGACAAUCCUCACUUCCAGCUUCAGGGCAACGACUGCCGCGACUGGGGUGACCAGACCGAGUCUGGAUGCGAGACUGUUGCAUCUCGCUUCUUGACCCGGGAAGAGCUUCGAGAGCUGAUUGAGAACUGCCCCAGGUCAUGCCAGGAGUGUGAGGAUCCGAGUUGGCAACAGGGGAACAACCCCGUGCUGACGCUUCACCGAAAUGCGUUAUCUUGCGGUCUUCCUGAGAAGGUGACUAGUGCGGCCACUGCGACGGGGACUGCUUUCACUCUUGUCGUCAUGGGGAACAUGGUCGGAGAUGGCCAUGAUCUACCAUCGUGGGUCCACAUUGAAGAGCGGCAAGAGUUCCUCUAUUUUUCGGACCGGGCCCACACAUCCAAUCUCCUCAUAGGCUUUGGUAUGGCCUUCGUUCUCCUGGGCCUGGCCUUCGCUCGAGGUCGUAUCUGGAAGGUGCUCUUCCACGCAGCCCGUUAUGCUCAUGAAAGCUCACAGGUCUCCGCCGUGUCCGAGGCCUGCUUCGGUGUCCUUCGCUUCACGACUUUGUCAUCCAUCUUAUGCUUCGCGAUGCUCCCCCUCUAUCUUUGGGGUGCGACUUACUACAGCUGUGGGCAGCCGCUGUCGCGUACCACUGCCGCCUACCUGAAAGGGCCCUGGGAGACUCUGGUUGUCUGCAUCUCCUGGAGUUUGCUGACCCUCUUCUUUGCAGCCGCCGUGGCUGCCAUGCCCUCCAAGCGCGCGGCAGGUUUGAAAGUUGCUGUGGAACCUGGACCCCGUGGCUGCAAGCUCAUCGGGUUCUGGAUGCUGUGGCUGGUGGUGGUGCUUGCCCUGUCCGUGCCCUCGAUCCUCUUUGCUGUCUCUCAGGCUCUCCCUGCCGGCAACACUUCAGGGCUGAGCCACGAGACUCUGCAGAUUACCCACAGAGCAGCUCCGGCCCUGAUCGUGGCUGUUGACAUGCUUUUGGCAAGUGCCUUGUCAAGAUGCUUCUCGGCGCUCACUGGUAUCCGAACCGAUCGCUUGCUUAUGACAUUGAGACUGUGCUCUACCUGGCUCCUGUCUCUGCUUACGACUUUAGUUCUGCAUGAGAACUGCCUGGCUGGUUGGAAAUUUUUCUGGAGUGUCUGUGAUGCAGGGAGCCCCCGCCAAGAGCUGUUCUCCUUAAGUAUCUGGGACGAAGAAAUGAUGAACACCGAUGCUGACAUGUGUCAACUGGAACCUUCCUGGUGGAAAAAUGGUCGUUGCAGCAGAUCCAUGAUUGAAGGUCUUGCCCCUCUGCUGAUGAAGAAGCUUCUUCUCAGAACGUGCCUUCAGCCGGUCCUGCUGCUCAUCGCAUGGCAGCUGUCGAAGUUGGACUCCGACGAGCGUUCGGAUGGAAGCCGCCAGUUGAGGCUGUUAAAGGUCGGACCAACGACCAGCGGUUGCCUUUUACCGAUACAGCAGCAUGCCCUGCUGACCACAUAUAUGGAGACAACCAUAUUUUGGGGACCACUAAAUCCUUUGGUCAGCUUUUGCGUUGCCACCGCAGCCGCAGUCAACGCGCUCCUCUUCAACAAAGCCGUGACAGAUUUCGGAGUGCGCAUGCCCACGGAUCAUGCAAGCAGCGUCUCCACGCUGUCUCGCGACUACUUGGUGUGCUCUAUAGUAGGCGCGGCAGUCUUUCAGAUGUGGCAUGCGUUUGGAACGGGCAUGAAGGGACAAGUGCUGCUAGUCUUGGCAACCAUGGCCGUGCUUGCCUUCACUUUGGUGCCUUUUGCACCCCUGCACUGCGGUGCAUUUAUUCGGUGCGUGCGAUGGAUCAUCUGGAGACCGGGCAAUACAAACGAAGAGGCCAUUGAGCUGACCUGCCCGGACUCACCAUCAGAGGACAGAUCGAACAUACGGCCGGCCUCGGCCGAUGCGAGUGAGACUUGA